GCACGUGCUGUCACAACAAAAGCAAAGAAAAUUCAACCAAAAACAAAAUGGACUCUUGUUUUCAUAAGAGUUUCUGUUUAUAAAUAUUCGUUUUUUGGUGAAAAGACCUUUUUCAACCAGAAAGGAGACACAAAAUCUCAGCAAUGAACGUCAACUUAUUGUUAUGGAGAUAUGGGGUGGGCAUACCAAUAGAUCGCUAGUUUAGCAAACCGGACUUUUCUGCAUUAUGAGGGAAAUGGUAGGUGGUUGUUGUGUGUGUUCUGACGAUAGAGGCUGGUCCGAGAAUCCCCUUGUGUACUGCGAUGGACAAUCUUGUAAUGUUGCUGUUCAUCAAGCUUGUUAUGGAAUAGUAACGGUCCCAACAGGACCAUGGUAUUGUUGCAAGUGUGAGAGUCAAGAAAGGACUACUAAAGUUAAGUGUGAAUUGUGCCCAAGCAGAUAUGGCGCCCUCAAGCGAACCGACAACCAAGGAUGGGCCCAUGUGGUCUGUGCUCUGUACAUCCCCGAAGUACGUUUCGGCAACGUUUCCACUAUGGAACCGAUCCAGUUACAUUUGAUUCCUUCCGAGAGAUUCAAUAAGGUGUGUUACAUUUGUGAAGAAAAAGGUAAACCUGGUAGCGCCAACGUGGGUGCUUGCAUGCAAUGCAACAAAGUUGGCUGUAAGCAACAGUUCCACGUCACGUGCGCCCAAAGUUUGGGUCUUUUGUGCGAAGAAGCCGGAAACUAUCUGGACAACGUUAAAUAUUGCGGUUACUGCCAGCACCAUUACAGCAAACUGAAGAAGGGCGGUAACGUUAAAACCAUUCCCCCAUACAAACCAGUCAACGACAGUCAAAAUUCGGAUUCGAAUUCCGAAAAAGAAGCUGAUCUUGCUCAAAAAAGUAGUCCGCCUUCAGCAGCUGGAAAGCGCAAGUCUACAUCUGGCAACAAGAAUAAUAGUGGGAAAGCUUCCAGCUCUGGAAAAGCUGUAUCUCAACCAAAGACUGGUCAUAGUAAUAAUAAGGGCCCUGCCGAGAAAAGAGUAGUAACCUCGAAAAGUGCCAAAGUUGAAGAACAAUUAUUGCCAGCUACAACUGCCGACAGUAAGACUGACAUUAAAAAAGAGACAGUCAAAAGUGAACAGAGUGUAUCGGAACCCGAUAAGGAAUCAAAAGACUUGAAAAGCGGAAGGAAUAAACGAAAAGGUAGUAGUGCCAACUCAAGGGCUCCUACACCUGUCUUAAGUGAAUUUAGUGUAGUGGUUAGUGCUUCUAACAUAUCGGACAGUACUAGUAAUAGUGUACAGACUUCUACGGGGACUAUAGUGUCACCUGAAAAGAAGAAUUUUGGUGAUAGUGAAAAACUUAAAAGGCAGAAAAUAGAAACAACCCAAUCCAUAAUUUCCAAUCAACUUGUUAUCGCCUUGACGUCAAUAUCCACUGCCAGGCUGAACUCAUCUUCUACGAGUACAACAGCAGUCACAGAACCGAUUGUACAAAGCGAAGUAACGCCCACAACCGUCUCAUCUACAUCUAUAAUACAAACUUCUCAGGCUCAGCAGCCACAUCCACAGCAUCCCUCUCUAGUAGUAUCGGUACCUUUGGCCGGUACCAGUCUAAGUCCGCAUCAUUCCUUAGUGGGCAAUUCAUCGAACUCUUUGACUGUGAUGCCAUUUACUGUCGCUUCUGGCGGUGAUAGUAAAACUGUUGCUACACCGACUAGUAGUGGAUCGGAACGAGCAACACCUAUUGGAAACACUGAUAAUUUCAUGAUGCCUUCAAGUAACAGUAAUCAAGGACUUCUGAGUUCCGAAAUGAGUGGCGGUGGCUUAAAAAUCACUUACGAAAAACAGCCAGAUUUAAUGAACACUGAAGUCGAUAUGGAGUUGGAGUUGGACAACCCUUCUACAAAUUCGACGAUACAAGAAAUGCCUGCCAAAAGAACUAGAUCUCAAUCGACUGAAAAGAGCGACCGUUCCACACGAAAUAGAAAACGCAGCAGCCUUGGUAGCAACAGUAACGGACAUCCUAUGCAAGCCUUAAUGAGUACAUCACUGCCAGCGAUGUUACCAAAACGUCCAAGUCGUGCACAUCAUUCUUCCCCGCCACCAGCAUCUCCGGUGCAGGUGCAAUCUCAACCACCUGGAGCUUUUGCUGCUAUUUCACAAGAAAGAAUUAAAGAUUCUCCCCCGAGCAGUCCCAGUUCGGAAAGCCAAGGUGCUUCUUCAUCCAAUGGACUAGUAAGAGGUCACAGUAAAGGACGUAAAAGCGCGCCAGCAGCCGUUCACGUCAUACAAGGCAUGUCAAAAGAGGAUAAAAAAGAAGUAAAAAUAUUUCAAAAUGGUGUUGCUGCGCCCCACAUGUUAGGAAACCAGUUGAAUCCCACUUCAAAUAUGCACCAAAAAAUGACAGAUCAUUUAAGUAAUGAGUUGGAAGCCCACAGUAUAUACCAUUCAAAUGAUAGCAGUCCGAAUUUGAUGGGGCCUCAGAUGCACCACAGAGUGAUUCAGUCGGCGCGAGCGAGUAGCACUGGUUCUAGUACAGCUUCAGGAGGCAGUGGACUAUCUUCAAUGUUAGGGGGUGCGAUACCUCAAACAUUAGAACAGCUGCUAGAGAGGCAAUGGGAGCAGGGAUCUCAGUUUCUUAUGGAACAAGCUCAACAUUUUGAUAUUGCUUCACUAUUGACCUGUCUGCAUGAACUGCGCGCAGAAAACUUGAGGCUAGAAGACCACGUUACUUCGUUAAUUCAAAGAAGAGAUCAUUUGUUGGCAGUUAAUGCUCGGCUAGUCAAUCCAUUGAUUGGGCAACAUGCAGUGGCGCCACCUCAAAUUUCUCAUACAGUUAACAAUAUCCACCCAUCAAUAUCCAUAAGUCAAGCGGAUAUGUCAAGAACGUCACGGCACAGUAGUACUGCCUAUGAUCGGUAUCCUCAAGCUUCACUUUCCGUACCUGUCGAAAAUGGUUUACCACCUGAUGCAUAUCCAUCCAACCCACAUCGAGAUAGUGUUGGAAGUGGCCAACCCAGUCCGACAGUUAGACAUUCACCAGCAACACCGUCAUAUCCGAAUAAUGGUUUGUUGAGACAAUGCCCUGAUCCUGGGAGCCGGUCUAUGCCUGGCCGUUCUCAGCCUUAUCCUUUGUACGACAGGCCCGGCUCUUCGCAUUCUCACUCGUCCUCAUCGUCUCAACAGAUGGUAAUAAGAAGAGAUAGAGAUCGAGAUCAGGAUAUGUUCGGUCACGGUCCUCAGCCGAGCUGAGAUUCAAUUAAUGGUGAUAAUUUUAGCCACUUAUUCAAUGCGUCGACAAAUCUUCGAAAUAAUAACUAUUGUGACAUUGACUGAUUUAAAUUAUAAUAUUAUUAUGUAUGUGUUCAAUUUUCAAUUUUAUUGCAAGGUUUCUACUGCCAUUAAUUAUUAUUUUAACCAACCUUUUUGUUUAUCCGUUUUAUAGUUUGCAAUUUUCGUUGGCAAUAUUUGCCAUAAUGUUCAAGACAAUUAUUAAGGGAUGGAUUCCUGAAGUAAAUUUAAGAUAGAAAGUUUUUAUGAAGCAUGGACCUACCAUACGGUUAAGAGAUACUGUUCCUAUUUUUUCUUGACAUACUUAAGGACCACCCCUUACUAGUUGGUAACAUUUGAAUAUCGUUAAGUGCAAUAUAAAGUGUACGAAAAAUUGCAAACGGUAAAAAAAUUUUUAGAUAUGUAAUUGAUCGACUUUUUUAACGCCCUGUAUAUUACAAAAAAAAACAAGACUAUUAAAAGUAAGUCAUAUAUGGCCUAUCGACGAUAUCAAUUAUAAUUAUUACAGUCCACCAAUCAUAUCAGAUUAUUAAGAGCAAUUUUUCCGAAUAAUAUUAAGUAUUAUAGAUUUUUAGUUCUUUGUCAAAAAAAAAAAUACUGUGAAAUAGGUUCACAUUUUUUCUUUUGGGAGAAAAAUUUAGAAAUAGUUGAGCUCAGGGAAAAGACUUAUAAUUAGGAACCUGUUUGUUUUUUACAAGUGUGUUACAUUUUAUUGUGUAAUGCCAAUUUAACUAAGCCAUAUUAGUUUAGUGUAAAUAUUAUGGUUUUUUCUUGUAGGCAAUCAUUAUCAACAAAAAUAACUUAUUUGACUGACUUUAUUUAUCCUAAAUUAUUUUCACUCUUUGUACACACUAUUAUUUCUAGGGCCAGUUUCUUAAGUGACAGUUAAGGUUUCGGUGAGGAACACAAAGUUUAGUACUCUGCUUUAUCUAUCAACCAGAAACAACUAGGAAAGGGCGCAUUCUUUUUUUCACUGGUGGAUCCAUUGAUCAUUAGUCUAUCUUUGUCUAGUUCAUAGAAAAUUGGCUGUCUCAUAAUGAUGAAUUCAGAUGGAUACAUCGAUGGAAAAAAGAAUACAUGCAAAAGCAAAUGUUUACAGUGACUAACAAAGGUCGUUAUUUUUUGUCACUGAAUGACGAAUAAACUAUUCACAUUGCUAAGAGGUUAAGUUUGUGAAUAUUGAUAUAAUUUUGUAUAAUAUAGUAUUUAACCUUGGUAUAUCCCCCAAAAAAUAUUUCUUUUUGAUGGGUAAAACAGAGAUCUAAGGUUCUUUCCGAUUCCAUAAACCAAAAGAAAAACUUGGCGCCUAUGUAUUUAACUUUUUUGACUGUUGAUGUUUGAUUUUCUAUUUAAAUAAUUAAUAUUUAAGCAAUAUUGUAACAUUAAAAGAUGCUAUAUAAUUUUUUAAAAAAGAAAUCCCUAUUUUCUCUAAUAGUUUGUCAAAAAAUUAUAACUGUUUUUGUACUUUUCAUAGAUUAAAUAUAUUUCUGCUAGGUACUUAAAGGGAUUUCAAAUGGAACUAAAAGGAACUGUUAAUAUAUUAAAUUCAUAAUUGAUGAGAGAAUAAUUUUGUGUAGCUAGAAUUUUUGUAAUUUAAGGCAUGUAUAAAUUUUUAAAAAAAUUGUUCUCAGUCACAUUAUCAACAACAAAGAUUUAAUAUAAUAUCAGUUCAAGCAUCAAACUAUUGAAAUUUAGUUAGUAGCUCAUUUCUUUGAUCUUAUACACAUUCAAAUUAUAAUUAUUAAAUAGCAAUAGUUAAAAAUAAUGGAUAUAUAAAUAUUACUCACUUAAUUUAAACCCAAAAUAAACUUAAUAAUAUUUGAACCAUUUGAAAUUACCUUUUUCUGGGUGAUAUCAUUGGGCAUAAAGUAAAUGACUUCGAAUUCAUAAUACUUAGACACCAUAUUGUAUAUUUUGUAAUAUUUUCCAAUUUUUAGGUUGUUUUGUUUUAUUUUUAUGUAAUAUACAGUUGGUAGGAAUUUUAUUCGAGUGUUUUAGUGAAACAACAAAUUAGUAUAAAAUAAACAAAUUUAUUAUAAAAAUAUUUUACCAAACAAAAAAUAAUUUAAUAAUAAGUUGUAUUAGGUUAAUUCAGUUCCAUUUUCUGUCACUUCGUGCUGUGGUAUUGGCUUAGAAUGUACUUUAUAUGGAUCAGGACCUAUCCAGCUUAAGAUUACAGGAAAUAGCAUCGUUCCGUGGAAAAUACCGAAAAUUAUGACUAGAGAAAAUAUCUGAAAAUAAAUGAAAUUUGAAAGGAUUAAAAAACUUAUAAUGCCACAAAAAAAAGGAGUAAAUUAAAUUGGGUUGGCUAAACAAUGCCUUAUAAGUAUGAGUAAAAGCCAUUGUUUCGAAAUGCAUAUAGAGAAUUAACAUUCAAAUUUGUUUGCCAGUGAAAAUUUAUCACUAUCAAAUUUUAUUCAAAAAAUGCAAAGAUUUCUCAUCAAAUUUAUCUUAGUGAUAAAUAAUGUUUCACGGGUUCAAUAAUUUUUAUUCAUGGAUUUCACUAAUCAGCGUUUGAAACCUGGAUAAAAAGUGACUUCUUAACAAAUCUAAUUGAUUUUUAAAGCUCGUCUUCGGUAAUAUCUUCCUUAGAAAUAGCUAAUAAAUCGUUUAGUUGCUUCUUAAACUUCUAGUAUUGGUCUUGAAGUUCUUCUUCCUGAGUUGAUUUGUUAGGAGUAGACAAAGGUUAGUUACUUUUUCAAUAGCUUCUGGUAGGGAUGGCACCUCGAUCAAUUGACUAGUCAAAAGUUAUCAAUUGACACUCAAUUUGACCGAAGUUAGAAUAUUUGACCAAAUUAAAAAAUAAAUAAAUAAACAGAACUAGCAGAAGCAAUAGUAUAUUGCAUAAAAAAAUAAAAUAAAAUUUUUCUCUAGAAAAUGAAACAAACAGAACUUGAAACCCCACUUUUCCACACCCAUUAAGGUCCUGAAAGUACCCCUUUUGGUAGUGAAAAAAAAAAAAAAAUGUAUACAGGGUGUUUGGUAGGUUGAUGCAUAUAUUUUGGGGUAAGUCAUUUCGAACCUAUUUAGUCAAACGUACCUUAGUACCAAGUCCUAUGGUUUUCAAAAUAUGGCCGAUUAAAUUUUUUCUUAAAAAAAUUUCACAAAUCCUUUGUUGGGCGCUUUAAUGCGAUAUUCAGAAAUAUUGUCUCAAUUAUUUUUGUUUUGUGUCUUAACGGAAUCUGUAUUCCUUGUGUCAAAUGCAUUAACAAUAAAAUAAAUAAAAAAUGAAUAAGAGUGCCAUUUUAAAUUCAAAACUAAUUCCAUUGCAACUUUCACAUGUGCGUGCCUUUUCGAAUUGUACAUACCACGAAAAAAUUACAAUUUUUUUUUUGGAUUGCCGCACAAAAAUCAUUAGACUACACACGGAGAAAAAAAUAUAGUACGAUUUAUUAGAGAUUUUAUAAUACUAUAUAGGACGAAUACCCAGUUUAGUACCAUUUACAACAUUUUUAUAAUAAUUUGACAAUAAAAUAGUCAUUAUGUUUUACUAUAUUUUAUGUUGAAUAGUACCAAUUUUAGUUUAUAAGAUAUAUAAGAAAUAUAUUCUUAUUUUUACUAUAUGUGAUAUUACCAUGCAUUAUGUGCUUUUUAUAUCUUUUAUGAUAUUUUUUUUGUAGUUUUUAUUAGCUAGUUUAAUAAAAUUUAAUAUUUUUUUCACUUAUCAGUAUUAUAAAUUAUAGUAUUCUUCACAAAAACAUUUUAUUAGCGUUAUAAUACUUGGUACUACAGUAACCAACAAAAAGAUUGCCAGAAAUCUAAAAGAUAUCCUUAAAAAAUUUAAAUUUUGCAAUGUCGGGGUCAAAAACAGUGAAAGCAAAUUUUUCGCUGCAUUUGACCCCGAUAUUGCAAAAUUCACAUUUUUCAAGAUUAUCUUUUUUAUUUAUAGCAAACUUUUUGUUGGUUCAAUUAGUUUAAAUUAGAAAGAAAAAAAUAGGAAAAAGGAGAAAAAGCAAAACCCAAAUUUAAUUUUGAAACAUUUUAUUACAUUCCUAAUAUUUUUUCGAUAUACAUACAUACAUUCAUAUUAUGCGUAGGUAGGAUAGCAUUUCUAAAUUCAGUCCAAUUUAUGUAUAAACCAUCACAGUUUGUGGGAUAAUUUUUUUGAAAGUCUUUACAGUUAAACCUUAACUGCAGCUGGUAUCUCAAGGUAUUCCUCUAACUCUUCUACAGUUGUGGUAGAGGCACUUGACGGUUACUGAAUUUGGAUUUCAUUGUGACUGGUGACGGUGAUGUUGAUUUCUAGGUUUCAGGAAUUAUAAUCUGAAACAACCCUUUAUUACGUACCUAUACUAAUACAAAAAAAAAAAAUAUUUUUCAAGUCACCUCUGUUAUAUAUUUAUUGUACUUAGCAAUAAAUUUCAAUCUUUUCCCAACACUAGGAAUUAUUUCUUUUACUAAAUCCGGAUGAUUGUGUAAUAAGUUAAAGGCUUCCAAGUCUAUAUCGUUAUCUGAGAAAAAUAAAACAUUUUAAAUAAAAGGGUUUAUUCCAUAGUAUAUACGAAUGAAAUGUAAAAGAAAAUAAUCCAUAAAACACAAUAGUUAUUUAUCAUACAAGGGAAAAAAGUACUAGAUUUUAGCGAAAAAAUAAUCACUUUUUUUCCGUGGGAGAAAAAGUGACAUUUUUGCCCCUUUUAUUAUUAUUUUGUUGAUGUCCCCUUCCUCCACUCUACAGAAUUAUAAAUUAAAUUUAUUUUGGCCCAUAUUGAAAUAUUUUGCGCUUGCGUUUCAUAUGUAUGUGAGAGUUGAUAUAAACUUACCUUCAAAGGAGUCCAGGAGUUCACUCAGCUCAAAAUUUUCCAAAAUUUCUUUAAUACUAUUCAUAUUGCACCAGAAAAUCAUAAAUAUUCAAAAACAUAAACAUCAAUCAAGCGUGGAACAGGGUGGCGAGAUGUGACUCACUCACUAACCGGCAACUAAAUGAAUCCCGAAUAUCACGGAAAGUAAAAUUCCUGUCUUUGAUGUACGAGUUAAAAUAAAAAUAGUAAACAGUAACAUCUUUAUUUCCUAGCUUGUACAAUGUGAAUAUUGUAAAAAAGCAUUUUUAUUAUGGAUGGAUAGUAUCCUCUAAAAUCUUCUGAUAUUACAAAUUACCUUUAGAAUAAAUGUAGGACAAAUCUUAAUAAAAAAUAUUCUAAAAUAGGAUUCUAAGUAGAAUUUAUUAUAAAUUAUAUUUAACAAUAACAUGUUAACGGUUUGGUGGGA